AUGGCCUCUCAUGGCUUUUUCACGUAUCUGCGGCUUAAGCUCGUGGCCACCCUCAUCAGAUUCGUAGCCCGAAUGGCUCUAGCCCAGCGGGACCGUCAAUUGCCCGGCAACAUCGAGCCGCAGCGCAUUCGCAUUGCGUCCCGUGAGAAAGGGCGUUCCAUCAACGCCGACCUCUACUACCCGCCCUCAACCGAGAGCAGCGGGCCGGGCCCUGGGAAGAGGCCGGUGCUCGUCAACUGGCACGGCAGCGGUUUCAUGGUUCCUGGUCUCGGAUCGGAUCGUGCUUUCUGCGCUCGGGUCGCGCGGGAGGCCGGCAUCAUAGUUGUGGACGCGGACUAUCGCAAGGCUCCGGAGUGCCCGUUUCCUGCUGCCGUAGAGGAUGUCGAGGACGCGUUAAGGUGGAUUCUCAGCCGUCCGGAUGAGUUUGAUCCAAACCGCGUUGCUGUCUCUGGAUUCAGUGCUGGAGGCAACCUGGCGCUCGUGGCUUCUUCUUCGCUUCGGCACGACCUUUCUCUGGCUGGGAUUGACAUAUCUGCAGUCAUUGCCGUCUACCCCCCUACCGACCUUUCCAUCCAUGCACGUGCAAAGACGGUCCCGGACCCGGUGAAGCCCAUCCCAGGCGGCAUUGCAGCCCUACUGGAUGAUUGUUACACUCCGGACCCGGCCACUCGCAAGGACCCGCGAGUCUCACCCUCGCUGGCCGAGCCGUCGUUGUUCCCGAACUUGGUGGCUAUUUUCACUUGCCAGGGCGACACUUUAUCCCCAGAAGCCAAUGCCUUGGCCGAUAGGCUCCAAGGCGGGAAGCGGCAGGUCGUUCAUCACACAUUGCCUGGAAUGCCCCAUGCUUUCGACAAAGGAUGUGAAGAGGGAACUCCCAAAUGGGAACAGAGGGAGUUUGCCUAUUCGUCGAUCAUCAAGACUCUGAAAAAGCAAUUCCCUGCGUACUAG